AUGAUGGUGGUUAUUUGGUCAUGUAUGCUCUAUUUACUUAGGAUUAACUGUGGUGACGAUGGUAAGUCGAUAAUUGAGUCUAAAAGUAGCAAAUGUGGACCAAAGUAUUAG